CAGGUGAACAACAAUGGGAUCAUCUCCUUCCUGAAGGAGGUUUCUCAGUUCACCCCGGUGGCCUUUCCCAUCGCCAAGGACCGCUGUGUGGUGGCGGCCUUCUGGGCGGAUGUGGACAACCGGCGUGCAGGGGAUGUGUACUACCGGGAGGCCGCCGACCCCGCCAUGCUGCGCAGAGCCACGGAGGACGUCAGACGCUACUUCCCUGAGCUCCCAGACUUCUCUGCCACCUGGGUUUUCAUCGCCACCUGGUACCGCGUGACCUUCUUUGGCGGCAGCUCCUCCUCCCCCGUCAACACGUUCCAGACUGUGCUCAUUACGGACGGCAAGUUCUCUUUCACCAUCUUCAACUAUGAGUCCAUCACGUGGACCACAGGCACACACGCCAGCAGCGGGGGUGACGCCACAGGCCUUGGGGGCAUCGCGGCCCAGGCUGGCUUCAACGCGGGAGAUGGGCGGCGCUACUUCAGCAUCCCAGGCUCGCGCACUGCGGAUAUGGCGGAGGUGGAGACCAGCACCAACGUGGGCGUGCCCGGGCGCUGGGCUUUCAGAAUCGAUGAUGCCCAGGUGCGCGUGGGGGGCUGCGCCCAUGCAACCUCCGUGUGCCUGACCCUGCGCCCGUGCCUGAAUGGUGGGAAGUGCAUUGACGACUGUGUCACGGGCAACCCCUCCUACACCUGCUCCUGCCUCUCUGGAUUCACAGGAAGGAGGUGCCAACUGGAUGUGGAUGAGUGUGCUUCCCACCCAUGUCAGAAUGGUGGGACCUGCACCCACGGCGUCAACAGCUUCAGCUGCCAGUGCCCAGCUGGCUUCGGGGGACCCACCUGUGAGACAGCACAAUCUCCAUGUGACACCAAAGAGUGUGUGAAUGGCGGCCAGUGCCAGGUGGUCAGCGGCUCCGCGGUGUGCGAGUGCCCAGUGGGCUACACGGGCAACACCUGUGAGACAGACGUGGACGAAUGCGGCUCCAGCCCGUGCCUGAACGGAGCCUCAUGUGUCGACCUUGUGGGGAACUUCACCUGUCUGUGCACAGGGCCCUUCGAGGGACCACGCUGCGAGGCAGGAAGCCAGCCAGUGCCUGACCCCUGCCUCUCAGCCCCUUGCCAGAACGGGGGCACCUGUGUCGACGCAGAUGAGGGCUACGUGUGCGAGUGCCCCGAAGGCUUCAUGGGCCUCGACUGCAGGGACAGAACCCCUGAUGACUGUGAGUGCCGAAAUGGUGGCAGAUGUCUCGCGGGCAAUACCACCCUCUGCCAGUGCCCCCUGGGCUUCUUUGGGCUCCUCUGCGAAUUUGAAGUCACAGCCACGCCCUGCAACAUGAACACCCAGUGCCCCGAUGGCGGCUACUGCAUGGAGUACAGCGGGAGCUACCUGUGCGUCUGCCACACUGACCACAACAUCAGCCACUCACUGCCCUCACCCUGCGACUCAGACCCCUGCUUCAACGGAGGCUCCUGCGAGGCCCAGGACGACUCCUACACGUGCGAGUGCCCACGUGGGUUCCAUGGCAGGCACUGCGAGAAAGCCCGGCCGCGCCUGUGCAGCUCGGGGCCCUGCCGGAACGGGGGCACCUGCAAGGAAGCAGGCGGCGAGUACCAGUGCAACUGCCCUUACCGCUUCACCGGGAGGCACUGUGAGAUCGGGAAGCCAGACUCGUGCGCCUCUGGGCCCUGUCACAAUGGAGGCACCUGCUUCCACUACAUUGGCAAAUACAAGUGUGACUGUCCCCCAGGCUUCUCCGGGCGGCACUGUGAGAUAGCCCCUUCCCCCUGCUUCCGGAGCCCCUGUGUGAAUGGGGGUACCUGCGAGGACCUGGGCACAGAUUUCUUCUGCCGCUGCCGAGCAGGGUACACAGGACGCCGGUGCCAGGCAGAAAUUGACGAGUGCAGAUCCCAGCCGUGCCUGCAUGGGGGCUCCUGCCAGGAUCGAGUCGCCGGGUACCUGUGCAUCUGCAGCCCGGGGCAUGAAGGAGCCCACUGUGAGCUGGAGACAGAUGAGUGCCAGGCGCAGCCCUGCAGAAACGGAGGCUCCUGUAGGGACCUCCCAGGAGCCUUUGUGUGCCAGUGCCCCGCAGGCUUCACUGGAGUCCACUGCGAGACAGAGGUGGAUGCCUGCGACUCCAGCCCCUGCCAGCACGGAGGCCAGUGCAAGAACGGUGGCGGGGCCUACCUGUGCGUCUGCCCAGAGGGUUUCUUCGGCUACCACUGUGAGACAGUGAGUGAUCCCUGUUUCUCCAGCCCCUGUGGGGGUCGUGGCUACUGCCUGGCCAGCAAUGGGUCCCACAGCUGUACCUGCAAAGUGGGCUACACGGGCAAGGACUGCGCCAAAGAGCUCUUCCCACCAACGGCCCUCAAGGUGGACCAAGUGGAGGAGAGUGGGGUCACCAUCUCCUGGCACCCACCCGAAGGCCAGGCUGCCAGGCAGAUGCUGGAUGGGUAUGCGGUCACCUAUGCCUCUGCUGACGGUUCCUUCCGCCGCACCGACUUUGUGGACCAGAGCCGCUCCUCCCACCAGCUCCGAGCCCUGGGGGCCGGCAGGGCCUACAACAUCUCCAUCUUCUCGGUCAAGCGCCACGCCAACAAUAGGAACGACAUCAGCAGGCCCCUGGUGCUGCUCACCCGCACGCGACCCCGCCCUGUCGAGGGCCUUGAGGUCACCAAUGUGACGGCCAACGCCAUCUCCGUGCGGUGGGCUCUGCAUAGGAUACGUCACGCCACUGUCAGCAGUGUCCGUGUGUCCAUCCGCCACCCUGAGGCCCAAGAGGACCAGUCCACCGAUGUGGACAAAAGUGUGGACACGUUCACAUUCAGUGCCCUGCUUCCUGGAAGGAGAUACACCGUCCGGGUGACCGCCCUCAGUGGGCUCGGGGCACAGGAGCGCCCUACUGAGAGCAUGGCAUCCACUCCAUUGCACGUGUGGACCCGGCCUCUGCCGCCAGCAAACCUGACUGCCACCCGAGUCACAGCCACCUCUGCCCAUGUGGUCUGGGAUGCCCCCACUCCAGGCACCUCACUGGAGGCGUACGUCAUCAACGUGACCACCAGCCAGAGCACCAAGAGCCGCUACGUCCCCAAUGGGAGGCUGGUGUCCUACACGAUACGGGACCUGGUGCCCGGGCGGCGGUACCAGCUCUCAGUGACAGCCGUGCAGAGCACAGAGGGUGACCAGCUGCACAGCGAGCCUGCUCACCUCUACAUCAUCACCUCCCCAAGGGACAGCUCCGACAGACGCUGGCACCGAGAAGGACUCCACCCACGGGUGCUCAGAAACAGACCAGUCCCAGCGCGCCUGCCGGAGCUGCGUCUACUCAGUGACCAUGGGGCCCUCGAAAUGCCAACACAGGCGCCCAGGUUCUCGGAGCUCGUAGACGGCAGAGGACGAGUGAGUGCCAAGUUCAGUGGCUCACCUGGCAAAUCAGUCACCGUGAGAUCACAACCCACAGCUCUGGUGCAGCUCGAGGACACCACUGAGCAGCUCAGCCUGGCCCUGCAGCACCCCAAACGUGACGGCGACAAGGACGUGGGAAACACCCCUGGGAACUGUACAGAAAACCCCUGUCAGAACGGAGGCACCUGCGUGCCAGGCGUGGACACCCACAGCUGUGACUGCAGCCCAGGGUUCAAAGGCAGGCGCUGCGAGCUUGCCUGUAAAAAGCAGCCCCAGCCCUGCACGCGCCUGUUCUCGGAGACCAAGUCCCUGCCAGUCUGGGAAGGAGGUGUCUGCCACCACGUGUAUAAACGAGUCUACAAGGUACACCAGGAUAUCUGCUUCAAAGAGAGCUGUGAGAGCACAAGCAUCAAGAAAACCCCAAGCAGGAAACAAAGUAACAGUGCAACACUGAAGACAGCGUAGGUACUAGGAUUCUGGACAUUCUUGCUAUAAUCCAUCAACCUCACAAGUUUCUAAAGCCCUGGAAGAUGAGGUCUAAAUUGAAUUGACAAGAACACCCUGAGUGACAAGGUCCUGGCUGGAGUCUGUCCCCUCUGUGGCUUCGCUCCUCUGGCCUCUAGAAGACAGAUGGCCAGACGGGUCCAGCCAGGGAGGUCCUCUAGGUCAGACACCUCCUAGUCCCACACUGCCUCCAGCACAGGGCUGGAAGUUUCUCCAGGGUGGCCUGCAUCGCUGACGAGCAGCCACCACGUGCGGAGAACACUGGAUAAAGCCUCAGCAACAUCCAGAAACUAGUUCCAGAUUCUAAAUCAGAGAAAGAAUUCUCCCUUUGAGACCCAAGAGCCAAAACGAGGAGGAGCUGCCAUCGACAACCUGCAGAGCAGAGGGUGGGACUGGGAGGCAAGGAGGGCAGACUGAUGAGGGGCACAGGGAAGCAGGCUCACCUCCCCAGCAGGUCAUUUUCGGAGGGAGGUGAAGGCUAGUGAGUGAUCCAUCCACCAACCAGCAGAUUUUGAAAGAGAAAAUGUUCAUAUCAUACUAAGCUGGAGUUUAGACACUUUUAGUCUACCACUUUUCCCAGAAAGGGUCAGGCAGGAAAUAUCUUUGACUUUGUCGACUGGAUGGUCUCUGUGGCAACAACUUAGCCCUGCGCUUGUGCACAAAAACAGCCAUUGACAUGUGCCUAGUCCGGUGAGGCUGUUCCAAUAAAACUUGAUUUACAAAAUUGGGGGCCACUUCCCCUUGACCAUAUGUGGCUAACCCCACUCAGGCUUCGGCCUGAUGCAGAGAAAGCCAUCCCAGACGACAAGUCACAGCAUGGCACCAAAGACCCACCCGAGUGUCAUGGAAUUGCUACACAAACCCUGUUUGGGAAGGCACUUGGCGGUAGCCAGGGCGCCUCCUUACAGGUCUGAGUAAUGAAGACAGGCAUCUGGGGCGGGCGAGGCCAAACAAUGUUUAAGAUCCUUUUAAUCCAAGACUCAGGCAACACAGUUUCAGACUACCAGGCAGCAAGCACCAUCUCCACACUAAACAGCUCCCAGCAUUGCACAUCAUCGCCACACCGCAUUCCAGAGCCUUCUGAACAGCUUUCCUCCCUGCAAGUGAGGCCACUACAGAAGCCAGCCCACCUCCACCUGCUGGGCACUUUAACAGCCGACCCAACUGGAACCAGAGCCCUGGUGUGUCUUCACUGACACUGCCCAAGUCAGUUUUGCAGCCAUAGGAAGAGCUCCUUCCUCUCAUCUUUACAAAACAUUUUUUAAAGAGUUAGAGUAUAUUUUAGAGUGGGUUUUUUUUUAUUAAAGUUGUGUGUACAUGUGUCUGUGUAGUAUACUUGUCAUUUUCAGAAAGGAGGAUUAGUCAUUUCCAGAAAUCUCUACUGCGCUCCCAGUCUCAGGGCCAUCUGAAGGCACAAGCUCCAUCAAGGGGCUCCAACCCUGGGUGAAAGGAGAAAACCAUGACCAUGAACACAUGCCGCUGACUCCUGCUGCGGCACUGCGACCUGUCACUGUGUGUCCACAUAAGCUACAGCAUCACCAGCAAAUGACAAGACCAAGUGGCAUCACUGGAAAAGCAGAUGAAACUUUCUGUGACCAUGUUAAUGACCUCAAGCCCCUCAGCCAUGAGGCAGACGUGCUCGAUUUUAGCUCAGAAGCAUUUGUUUUUACAAGUCUACUGAAUUCUGGGCUUAGUGCCGUGUGGUCUUACAAUUAGCCCAUUUUGAUGUUGUACAAAUUAAAUAUCUAGUACAAAGACUUCCUGACACUAAAGGAAAUUACAAAUCAUCCUUGAAACACUCCAAACGAGCUUCCACAUGGCUCCUUCGUAAAACUCUUCUUCCUUGAAAAUACUCAAUGUCCACCCAAAGAAAUUAAUGAUAAUGGAUCAGAAAUUGUCAGGGCAUCAACAUUUACUUCUGUGCCAAAAUCACAGGGGAGCGACCUUGAGUUGCAGAGUUAGCCACCUGCUGACCAGGCUGGGUGACCUGACCAUCCAAUUAGGCGUAGAUUUGGGAUUUAGGGUUCCACUGUGUCUCCUAACUGGGCACAAAAACCACACUGUAGGCUCCAGGGAACAUGCUGGUCACUCGGACACCACAAAAUGGAGAGUAAGUGAAAACACUGGCAUGUGGUGAAGUAUUUUCUUUUUCAAAAAUGUUGUCUCUGGCCAAGAAAGGCAGUAAAGACAGAAUGUCCCCUUUCCCCACUGCACAUGGCUGUCACUGAGGAAAUGGAGCUACUCGCCACCAGGGAGUUCAGCAGGCAAGGGCCACUUCGUGUCACCGAGCUCCAGCACCUUCCUUUAGCUGGACCACCUCCCGCUGGCCAGCCAGGGCCACAGAUGUCUGGCUCACAUGUCCAGAGGUUCCCUGAGCUACUUGUUUUUGCACACAGUGCCUCUCUCUGCAGUCCCGGAGCCAAGAGAAAGCAAAAGCACGAUUGUUUUGAUUCAGCACUGAAUUCCCUUGUAAAAUAAAGCUCAAGUCAGCCAACUGCAAUCCAGAGCACAGGGAAAGGAACUCUCUUUAAAAACGAUUUACUUUCCUUUUAAAUAAAAUAAAUACAACAAAUGUAAGCCCAUUUAAAACCAGAGGUUCUCAUGAGCCAAUACGGUCAUAUUUUGCGGGCCCAGGCCUGAGAGCUGUUUCUUCACCUCAGCCAGAGACAUUAGGGCUGGUCAUUCUGUGCGACUGUCCUGUGCACAGCAGGGCAUUUGACAGCAGCCCUGGCCUCAACCCACUGGGUCCCAACUGCUCCUUCUCCUGGUCCUAACAACCAAAAAUGUCCCCAGAUGUUCCCUGGUCAGGAUGGCCUCGGGUGAGAACAGGGCCUGACAGGAUUCUCACAUGGUCUGCAGGAAAGAGCUGGGAGCCUAAAGGUUCUAAGUGCUGCCAGCCUACACUCUGGUCACAUCACCAAAAUUCUUCUCUGCAGCAUUAGCCCAAAGAAGGGGUACCCAGAACAUCCUAGGAUGUACCCACCCUUCCCCCCCACCACCCCCUAUCAUAGAGCUCAUGCCCUCAGGUCUGGGCCUCUGACCCAAUGCUUCAAGUCACUGCUUAGACCUACUGGGUUCCCUAGGGGACUUCCUCCCCCUGGGUGUCACGGAGAGCUCCUGGAUUGCACAACCACCAGACCCUUGGCCCCUGGCUGUGUUCACGUGCUCUUCUCCUCUGGCCUCCAAAGCCCCCUAAAAGGAUGGGGGAUGCCUGACUGUAUCUGCCCCAUGGCUCCUUCUGUUCUGGCAUGCCCCAGGUCAGCACUGCUGCCUGCUAGAGACAUCAGGCCCUGACAUGACCCGCUGGCCAUGAGCAGGCAUGAAAGCCAAAUUCCCUGAGGUCAGAGCCAGGGCCUGCUCCUCACAAGAGAGAGAAGUGCCCAGCACUGUGCUGGCAGGAAGAACCUGUACAAAAUGAAGCCAAACUGACCCACUUCCCUCUACUCUGCUGUACACUGAAUGCAACUAUGAAGUAAUAUUUUUAGAUUAAAAACAUGAGUAUUUUUGUGGAAAACCUGCUACUUGUUUUCAUAAAAUAAAGUGCUAUGAUGUACUAAA